CCUCGGGACGAGGCACAGCCUUGCAGCCUCAGAGGGAGAGACAAGCAGAAUGGAGGAGGCUGCCCUGCUGAAGGAGAGGCUCCACGCCAUCACCGAGAAGCGUCGCAUUCAGGAAGACAUCAGGCAGAGGAAACUGGAACUGGACCAAGAAAAACUCAAUCUCCAGCAUCUAAAGAAGAAAGUUCUGAGAGAGCAGUGGCUGCUCCAAGACUCAGCUUCCCACAAUGCAGCAGGCUCUGACCAUCAGCAGACCAGAGCACUGCAGCUCAACAUCAACAGGAUAGAAAUGGAGGUGGAGUCUCUGGAGGGACAGGAGUCGAUGAUUUCUGCCAAAGAAAGUUUCAUCCUCAACAGACUAAAGGCUGUGGAGAAAAGUCCAGGGGACAUUAUCAAGGAGGCCCAGGACAACUUUGUUCCAAAGCCAUUCCAUGUCCCAGAAUUCCUCUCUCCACCAGCCAACCAACUCCCUGAACCAAACACACCAAGAAAGACUCUAUUUGCCAUGGAGGUCAAUGUGAGUAAAGACCUGUUGACUGGGACGAGCACGGUGCUUUCUACUGCAACAGUUCCUCCGGAAGCGUUAGAGCAACACACCGGGCGCAAGGUCUACGACGAUGGCAGGAAGUGUGUUUACGCCUUGAAUUCACAAGAGAGCUGUGAGUCGCAGCUGUCAGCCAGUGAGGUGGAACAUUUGCUGAGAAGCGCCACAGUACAUCGCCAAGCAAAGCACCGGAACCCCGGCGGGAGGGAGGAGCAUUGCUUUUACCACCACCAAGAUGAGAGAGACACAGUGGGAAGGGUUGACCUCAGAAAGCAGCGAGCAUAUCUGGCUAACCGUCUCCUCGGAAACAACAUGGCGGAGAAAGACUUGAGCUGCAGGGAGACGUGGCAGAGGAAACCAGGGCCAGAGCAUUGCUGUGCUCAGCUUGAGAGCCAUUACAGACGGCACCAAGAGAGGAAUAACCAAAGCAAUAACCUUGGCAACCACAAGGGGGCGGGGCAGCACUAUGGCAACCAGAACAAUGGUCACUCCAAUUCCUACCCAGUGAAAAACGGUCACAGUGUUGCUAGCCACCACACGCGCAGCAGCAUCCCAAGCAACAGUGUGGCCAAUGGAGGCCCUCCUCCCAGGUCACAUGACCAGGAAGCAGUGUCAGCCUACCAACCACAGCUCUGCUACACUCCAGCCAAUCAUAUUCCUCUCAGCGAUUACAUCAGCGUGGACGAGGAAGAAGUGUACUGCUACCACAGCCACGAUGCUCUGUGCAGCAGCAGAGUGCCCUCCCCCCUCUACGCAGACGACCCCCCCUACACCAUAAUAAACGCCAUGGAGACCACUGAGCCAAUCACAGCCAUCUUCAUGGGCUUCCAGACGGCGCAGGACGACAGCAUGCCGGCUAAGGAGUGUGAGGACUCGCUGAAGGCAGAGCUGGUCAUCAUUGAGGACGCCGAAGACAGCGAGGACGACCACAGCAUGAAGGAGAAGAAGCUCUACGUCCAGCCUGGGGACAAAAGUUAUUCAAGAGGAAGCUCAGCCAAUGGAAACGUUGGACGGAUGGAGGGAGUUGGAGACAGAUGGACGGAGAGACGGGUGGGACCAGGUAUCAGAAAGAUCCAGAAAAAACACAAAGCCUGCUGUACAGUCUGCUAACAGCACUGACUGACACAUGGCUGAGUGUCCAGUCUACUAACAGGACUGACUGACACAUGGCUGAGUGUCCAGUCUACUAACAGGACUGACUGACACAUGGCUGAGUGUCCAGUCUACUAACAGGACUAACACUGACUGACUCCACAAAUCAACACCACAGCAUUCAUUCCAUACAUGCACCAUUGUUUUGCUUGAUUAUUUUUUUGACAUUUUGUGAAUAAUCCGCUAC